CGAUGGAUCCAGCUAACUAGGAAGGGCGGCUGUGCCUUUAACUGACAGGAACCGAAACAAGAAGCAGUCAGCGCCGCAGCUGGGUCGCUAAGCUGCCUGCACUGGGACCCACCGGCGAUUUCGAUAUGCUACUUGUCAAAGUGACCCUCCUGCUCUGCCUGCUGACGGACAUCACAGGUCAGUCUGGGAAGUCAUUGAACAAAUAUAUUCGUCAUUAUGAAGGUCUAUCGUAUGACACAGAGGCUCUGCACAACAGUCACCAGAGAGCGAAGAGAGCGCUGGCUCCCGCAGAAAGGGCCGUGCACCUGGACUUCCACGCACAUGGAAGACAUUUUAACUUGCGCAUGAAAAGGGACACAUCUCUAUUCUCUCCAGAUCUCAUCAUUGAGGUGUCAGGAGAGGAAGCACCUGUUGAUACUUCGCACAUAUACAGCGGAGAAAUCUUUGGUGAAAAGGGCACAUUGACCCACGGCUCUGUGGUUGAUGGGCGCUUUGAAGGCUUCAUUAAAACCCACCAAGGAAUGUACUAUGUCGAACCCUCAGAGAGGUACCUACAGGACAAGAAUGUUCCCUUCCACUCUGUAAUCUACCACGAGGAUGACAUCAAUUAUCCUCAUAAGUAUGGUUCAGAGGGCGGCUGCGCUGACCACUCAGUGUUUGAGAGGAUGAGGAGGUACCAGGCGUCGGCAGUAGAGGAGCAAGCCGAAGGGAAGAACAGUGUGUUGGAGGAUGAGCACUUCCAUGGUCCUCUCAUUCUGAGGAAGAAGAGGGCCAUAGUGAAAGAGAAAAAUACCUGCCAGCUCUUCAUCCAGACUGACCAUUUGUUCUUCAAAUACUACGGAACAAGAGAGGCUGUCAUUGCCCAGAUCUCCAGCCACGUGAAGGCCAUCGAUUCCAUUUACCAGGCCACAGACUUCAAGGGCAUCCGAAACAUCAGCUUCAUGGUUAAAAGGAUCCGGAUAAACAGCACCGCUGCUGAAAAGGACCCAAGCAAUCCUUUUCGCUUUGCCAAUAUCGGAGUGGAGAAGUUUUUGGAGCUUAACUCUGAACAGAACCAUGAUGACUACUGCCUGGCCUACGUCUUCAGUGAUAGGGACUUUGAUGACGGUGUGCUCGGCUUGGCUUGGGUUGGGGCUCCCUCAGGAAGCUCUGGUGGCAUCUGUGAGAAGAGCAAACUGUACUCUGACGGAAAGAGGAAAUCUCUGAACACUGGUAUCAUCACUGUGCAGAACUACGCCUCUCAUGUCCCUCCCAAGGUGUCACACAUUACCUUUGCUCAUGAGGUCGGACACAACUUUGGGUCUCCUCAUGACUCUGGGAUCGAAUGCACCCCGGGAGAGUCGAAGACACAAGACAAAAAGGAGAACGGUAACUACAUCAUGUACGCCAGAGCCACAUCGGGAGACAAGCUCAACAACAACAAGUUCUCUAUCUGCAGCAUUCGCAACAUAAGCGCUGUGCUGACGAAGAAGAGGGACGACUGCUUUGUUGAGUCUGGCCAGCCUAUCUGUGGUAACGGACUCGUGGAAGAGGGAGAACAGUGUGACUGUGGCUACAGCGAUCAAUGUAAAGACCCCUGCUGCUAUAACGCCAAUGAAGAGGAUGGCAAAAAGUGUAAACUCCAACCUGGCAAAAUCUGCAGUCCAAGCCAAGGCCCAUGUUGCACAGCAGGGUGUUCGUACAAAACUACAAAUGACAAGUGCCGACUGGAGUCCGAAUGUGCCAGAGAGGGCACGUGCAACGGAGCCACUGCUCUGUGUCCUGCCUCAGAACCAAAGGACAACUUCACAACUUGCCAUUCCGAAACCCAAGUCUGCCUCAAUGGGGUCUGCUCAGGUUCCAUUUGUAAGAAGUAUAACCUUGAGGUUUGCACCUGUGCCAGCGAAGAGGGCAAGGACGAGGCAUCUGAGCUGUGCCACGUGUGCUGCAUGGAGAAAAUGAACCCCAGCACCUGCAGCAGCACAGGCUCAGCAAAAUGGGAGACUUUCUUCAGCAAGAAGAUUGUGACACUGCAGCCCGGCUCACCCUGCAAUGACUUCAAGGGCUACUGCGAUGUGUUCAUGAGGUGUCGUCUGGUGGAUGCUGAUGGGCCUCUGGCAAGGCUAAAGAAAGCCAUCUUCAAUGCAGAGCUCUAUGAGAAUAUCGCAGAAUGGAUAGUGGAUCACUGGUGGGCAGUGCUGUUGAUGGGCAUCGCUCUUAUUAUGCUAAUGGCCGGGUUCAUCAAGAUCUGCAGCGUCCACACCCCCAGCAGCAACCCCAAACUGCCCCCACCCAAACCACUGCCAGGUACACUGAAACGAAGAAGACAACAGCAAGCAAACCAACAGGCCCGGGGCCAGCGUCCCCAGCAACAGUACAGAGAGAACUAUCAGAUGGGACAGAUGGAACCGAUGAGACGCUGAGGCACCGGUCAGCUCUUUGCCUUAGUUCUUCCUAGUGCCUACAAUGGGAGCACUUCACUCCAAAGAGUUACCUUCACCACAACAUUCAAAGAACUUGUAACUGAGACGCUUUCACUGGACAAGAGCCUGAAGUUUUUUGUUAGUUUCAUUUUUGGGCUUAACAAACUCGCUGAGCUUCUCUGCUCUGAGAGACAGAUCAGCAGUUCACACAGCUUUUAUUGGAAAUAAAUAUUUUUUCCAAGGAGGGACUGGAGCAAAAAUCCACUGCCCUCUGUUAUGUGGUCUUAAUCUUCCAAUUUUUUUUCUCUUUCAAAGAACUGAGGAGAAAGAAGCCGCUUUGUGUCAGAGUUCGCCUUCCUCCGUCUGUGCAACCUUUUCCUCCCCUGUUCUUUCUCUCCAAAGUGCUGCCAUCAUCAGCACAAUAGCAGGACUGCAAGUCGCAUGAGUUUUUGCUGCCAAUCCGAAACAACAGAGACAUUUUGUUGGAAGAAAAGAAAUUGAACUGCCAAUGUAAUUAGAUUGUUUAAACAGCAAAACACCACAGCUUUUCCUUUCUAAAGCAGUCAUGUUCCUUCGGUUUGCGAUUGUACAGAUGUUGCAGUAGAUAUCUUUUUCUCUUUCGAAUGAACCUGAUCUUCUGUAUGACGAAGAUUAUUUACUGUUUUAAUUCACUUUCUCAGGAUUAUUAACACAACAGCUAACACAUGUGUUGGGGGGGAAAAUAUGGCUGCAUGCAUAUUCCAGGGCAAAGCUGAUGCCUGUGCGGGGGGGGGGGGGGGUCACAUUAGCUGCUGUGGGGUGUAUGGGGCAGUUAGUAGUUGGUGAAGAAGAUGCAGAUUAUAGAGUCAUCUGUUGUCAGAUGGAGGGGUUGUGGCGGGGGAGAUAUAUUUUCUAGAUAUGUAUUUUUCUUGUCAUGGUUCUGCAGGUGUGUUUACAUACUGGUCUUUAGUCUGGGGCUGGAAUAAAUGGUGAGAGAAUAUAUAGCUUUUAUCAACCUGAUUGUAUCAAACUUUUAACUUUUACAAACUCGCAGUCUUUAAGAAAUUACUAGAUCUGUUCAAACCACUGUCGGCUGGUUGAAUCCUCUCGGCCUCUGUAGCCAGAUGAAGAACCUCUUGGGUUUAAAUGUGAUUGUGGAUUUUGCUUUUAUUGCUUUAACUUGCAGUUCAGAUUAUUUUGUAUCUCCGGAAUAGUUUAAUUAACAGAGGGAAACUAGAUAUUUAAUUUUAUUGUUCUUGCUGUUGCUGCAGGUAACGGAAAUUUACCAGAGUGAAACAAUCAAUACGUGUCGGCCAUUUCUUGUUCUGUCUUUUGCUUUUUCUACUGAUUAGAAUAUUCUCAAGGAAACUGAUCCUUGUUACACCCUCUUCUUUUGUCUAACAACAUACAACAAUGUGCCUACACAGAAUAAUGUGAUGGAAAUUGGUGAACUGUUGUCAGGGAGCUUGACUUAGCAGGAAGCAGUGCAGUGCAGGAAGUGUUGAUUUGUUUUGUGCGCUGCAGAAACUGAAAGAUGAAAUGAUGCGGCCUAGGACAACACAUGAUAAUCAGAUUGAUUGACAUACUUACAGUGUGCUAUAUCGGCCGACACAUGAAAGGAACCAAACGUUACAAAGAUAGAAUUUCACUUCUUAUUCCUCAGUUUCAGAUUUUAGUGAGUAUUUACUUUCUGUGGUAUCAUAUUACUGUCCAGCCCUGCUUUGGCUUAGUUUGAGUUUUCAGUUGUCGUCUGCCACAUUCAACUGAAGCCACGUUCACUGACCUAUUAAUAAGAGUUGCGUUACUGGCAAAUAUUGAAAAUAUAUAUAUAUAUAUAGUUUCUUAAAGUUAUUUUCCGAGAGAGAAACUUUGUGUAGAAAGAACUCUUAUAUCUCGACCUUGUGAAGGAGCUGAAUGAAGCACAGCUACAGCUCCGCAUUGUUUUCUGUGCAGGGUGUGAGGAUGUUGAUCCAAUCAGAUUCUAUGCAGACGGUCACACGGCGCUCAAGUUGGCCACUUCACAAAGAAAUGCCUUCAUCGAUUUCUUUCUCCAAGAUGGGUACAUGAUCCAUUCUAUUGUGUUUUCAGAACAUGAUAGUGUUUCAUGCUGCCGCAAAGUUUCGAUACUGACAGAAAUGCAAUCCUCUACUGCUUCUUUGGCUGAUUCUCUUUGUUGGUUUGGUGCUACUGGGUUAGAGCCUGAACUCUACUUUUAUUAUCUUGGGCUUGUGUUCAUGUGUGUGUUCGCCGUGCGUCUUUGCUGAAUCAUCGUUUUCUUUGUGUUGCGUUGGUAUGGUGUGGACAAUAUGUGGGUGUUUAGGGUAAAUACUCUGGGAAAAUUCUUCUUUGCUUUCACAUUUCUGUGAUGUUAAGAAAACAUGCACUGAAGUGUAAGUGGUGUAAACCGCGACUCCAAACCAGUAAAGACUCAACUGCUGUCUGAUUUUAAUUGCUUCGUUUUUUAUACCGUGUCUUUUUGUUUUUAAUUUACUUUUUUUGUCCUGUUUCCCCACCACGCUUACUUUGAAAAUUUUACUAGAUUUGCAAAAGUAUUGUGCAAAAAUAUAAUUUGUCUUUGACCUACUUGAAAUGAAUUAAUAAAACAGAAUUGAUAAAU